CUCAGCUGACACUCGCGACCCAGAGGAUCCGGCAUCAAUCACCCGCGGUGGGGCAAUGCGCUUCCCGGCUAGUCGCAGACUUCUUGGUGCCAAUUACGGAAGCGAAAGUUAUGGGGCUGGACAGCAACAGCAGACGGUGAGUUUUGCUCCAGGGUGCGGUGCCAGUGUACCACGACCGAGUAGACGUCGGGAGGAAGCCAAGGCUCUCCAGAACCUUCAACGUCGUGUAGAGGCAUGCCGUCUCACAAAAGGGAUCACGCCUGGCGACCCUGGAGGAGCAAGCACAUCCACGGCUGUCGCACCAUCUGCCAGCCAACAGUUACUGGACAAUCGACCUCAACUUCUGCAGAAGAUAUUCAGCAAUCGCCCGAUGAGCAUCGCUACUGGAGAAGGAAAUAAGGAGCUGGAGACAGACUGGCAGCACAGCGAGUUCAUCACCGAGAGCCUCUACUGGCACAACGCGUAUCGGCAGCGGCAUGGCGUACCGCCACUCACACUCUGUCCGCAGUUGUGUGCCCUUGCGCAGUCUUGGGCCAAUCAUCUGGCUCACGUCAACACAUUCUACUACCGCAAUGACCGGGAUGUGGGACAGAAUUUGUUCUGCAGGCCUACGAAUUCCAUUCAGACUGACGUCACAGGUCAGGAGGUUGCGUCAUACUGGUACAGCGCAGUACGCCAGUAUAAUUACGCGAAAGAACCAGAUGUGUUGCAUGCCAAUGUUAAUGCAGGCCACUUCACGCAGAUGGUAUGGGCGUCUACGCGACACUUCGGUGUCGGGAAAGCUCGCAGCCGGACAGGCAAAGUGCUUGUGGUAGCACAUUAUCGGCCUCCUGGAAAUAUUUCUGGUCUCUUCCAACAAAACGUUCUGCCGCCGUUACCUGAUUACGACGCUGAAAUGACCAGCGAAUCAGGAAGCGAAUCCAGCACAUCGCGUAGCACAGAAAACUACACAUAGCGAGUUCCAUGACGUCAUUUUAUUGUAAUGGGAAUCUGCAGCGUCUAGGAAACGCAGUACCAGCUUUCUCUGCGAAGAGAUUGGUGCCAAUGACAAGCCUCUGCUUGCAAUGAGGCAGAAUUAAAGGUUUUCAUUUACUACAUUCUGACCCACGAUUAGACGGGCAAUGGCUAUAUCGAAUCUCUAUUCUGCACAGACAACAUUUAGUGCAAAAUGGCAAAGGAGUCCUAUAUAUGAAGACAACAUAGAAAUGGCAGUGGCUGUAUCGAAUCUCUAUUCUGCACAGACAACAUUUAGUGCAAAAUGGCAAAGGAGUCCUAUAUAUGAAGACAACAUAGAAAUGGCAGUGGCUGUAUCGAAUCUCUAUUCUGCACAGACAACAUUUAGUGCAAAAUGGCAAAGGAGUCCUAUAUAUGAAGACAGCAUAGAAAUGGCGAAAAUAUACCAGAAUAUAUACCUAAUGCUGGUAUUUAUGAGCCCUAUUGUUAGUUAACAAAUGAGGCCUGACAUAGUUUUAGCUGCUUUAAGUGCAGUAUAUGAUCAUCUGUUUGUCUCUGACUGUAAAGUCUGAAGAGUGGGUUUAACAUUUCUGACGUUUCGGAAUACAAGAAAUUGUUUUAGGCAUAACGGUUUCCGUCUCAUGAUUGUUGGCCAUAUCAUACCACACAAUCAUGAAAGUGUUUCUGGACCCAAGGUUUGGUUGAUUGUGUUCAGAGUCACAAAGAGGCAACGAAAGAGAUGAAUGUACUACUAAGAAUGUUCUGUUUAUAUCAAGCAGCACAGCUUCCCUAGCGUAUAAAAAUAAGAUUCGAUUGCACUAAUUCUUCGUUCUACGAACGUUUAAUUGACGAAUUUUCACAUUACGACAUUUAGAAAAUAAUCACGCUUUUUAUAUGAAUAAUAAAUAUUCGUUGCAACGAAAGCGCUCCGUCCAUAGUGCACUAUCGCCCGACUGAUUUUUUUUUUAUUUCUCGUUCCCUUUCUUUCUUUUUUAAUUAUUUGCUUGUUUCAUUUGUUAUUGUUCAUUUAAAACCAAUGUAAGAAAAAAAUACAUACGUAUUUUGCUUCCUUUAAUAUUUUACGAGACUUUAUAAUUUAUAUUCACCAAAGAGCCUAUUAUCAGGACUUAUAAAUCAAGGAACGUGAAAUUGGCGGGAAAAGUAGCAUAUUUGAGGUGACAAGAAAUUUACAAUCAUUUGGUCGAAGAAAAUAAAAGAAAGAUAUUGGGAGACCUAGGUGUGGAUGGGAGAAUAAUAUUAAAUCUAUAUAAAAAAAUAGGAUUCAGGAUGUUGACUGAAUUCAGCUGGCUCAAGAUAGGUUCCGUCACAUGCUUUCAGGUAUAUUUUAUUAUUUUUAAGUAUUGCUUGUUUCCAAGCAACGGUUUACAGUCUAUGCUAGUGUCAUGUUACAAAGAGCAUUACUGCAUGCCCAGUUAACUGUGUAAAACUUUAAGACAAUGAUGUACAUGAACUUAAAAAAUUUGUUAGAGCUUCGUACUGCUAAUGUUUCCCAUAGAUGAUAGGUGACAAUCGUGACAACAUUUGGUGCUGUUUUAGAAUCACGCUACGCGUGAACUGCAUAUCACAUAGAGAUCGCAGCUCAGUUCAAUAAUUAUUUAAAAUAAUAAGAAUUUAAGGAAUACAGCUUUCAAUUUCUAUUUAUUAUAGUUAGCACAUAGUUGGCUGAACAAUCAAUAUGUAACUACACAAACUGUGAUAACAUAUAGGAUUAAAAUGCUGUAACAAUUUUUGUUAUAAUGGAAAAGUACAAAAGCCAUUGUGAAAUUUCAUUGACGAAUUUUUUCUAUUAUAUUGUUAAUGAUAAGCUUCAUGAUGUCCCUGCAAUGCGAAAACUAUUACUGAGAUUAUGGAAAGCAAAUUACCCUUUAAUGAAUAUUGUGAAAAAGGCACCCAAAUCCAAAGCUGUAUAUAAAAGUAAGUAAAAGUAAAGGUAUCCCUGUAACAGGCCGUGAA